CUUCAUAAACACAAUAAACCCUCCUUUCUCUUAUUCACAUCUUCGUUUUAACAAUAAUUAUCCAUCUUCUCGUGCCUCUUGAAAUUGUCAUACUCAUGGCUUUAUCAAGCACUUUGUUCAAAAUCUCAAGUUUUGCAUUAUGCUUAUUGUUUUUGUUUGGGACAACUUCUGGUCAGUUAUCGGCUACUUUCUAUGCUAGAACUUGUCCUAAUUUCCGCAUUGUUAUAACAAGAGCAGUGAAUUCUGCUGUCUCAAGUGAAGCUCGAAUGGGAGCUUCAUUGCUUCGCCUCCAUUUCCACGAUUGCUUUGUUAAUGGAUGUGAUGCAUCAGUGUUACUUGACGACACUGCAAAUUUCACCGGAGAAAAAACAGCAGGCCCGAAUAACAAUUCAUUGAGAGGUUUCAACAUAAUCGAUACUAUUAAAACCCAGUUAGAGAGCCUGUGUCCCGGUGUUGUUUCUUGUGCUGAUAUACUUUCCGCAGCUGCACGAGAUUCUGUUGUUGCACUUCGUGGGCCAAGUUGGAACGUUGUAUUUGGUAGAAGAGAUUCGACCACGGCAAGCCAAAGUGCUGCGAAUUCUAAUCUUCCUUCACCUGGUUCAAGUCUGAGUGGACUCAUUUCAUCCUUUUCAAACCAAGGUUUUACUACUAAUGAAAUGGUAGCCCUCUCAGGAGCUCAUACAAUUGGUCAAGCAAGGUGUACUGUAUUCCGCAAUCGUCUGUAUAACGAAAACAACAUAAAUUCAUCAUUUGCAACAUCAUUGAGGCCAAAUUGUCCUUCAAGUGGUGGUGACAACAAUCUGUCGCCACUAGAUGCUUCAGCUACAUCUUUUGAUAAUAGAUACUAUAAUGAUUUGAUUAACCAGAGGGGACUAUUACAUUCGGACCAAGAGUUAUUCAAUGGUGGUUCGACUGAUGCACAAGUGCGGACCUACAGUUCUAAUGCUGCUACUUUCUCGACAGACUUCGCAAAUGCAAUGGUGAAAAUGGGAAACCUUAAUCCUUUGACUGGCUCAAGUGGUCAAGUUAGAACCAAUUGUAGGCGUACCAAUUAAGUUCGUUGUCCGGAAGCAAGAAAAUGUCUUCAUAUUUCAUAAAGUAUAACACAAAUCUCCACAAAUAAAAUAAAAUAAGUCUGAGUGAAUAAGGUUUUUCUUUCUAUUUUCUUUUUGGUCUUGUCGUCGUUUUGUAAUGCUUGGUACGAAACUUGGGCUUCUAAUAUUUACCGGAGAUUGUUUUUCUUUUCUUGUAAUGGAGACAAUUUGCAAUAAUAUUUCGCUUUUUAAUUCUAAUAAU